AAAAAGCGGUUUGUCGGGCUCGCAGAACAAUAUCACUUGCGCUUGACCUCAACUGCAAAAAGAGAAAACUACAAGCGCCCAGUCGUAGUUCUGAUUCCCAAGAAACUGUGUUUGCUUGACACAACUUCAAGCUCUCCGAGCCGCUGAGCUAGCAACAUGGACGUAGACGAGCAGUUGGAUGAUGAACUGGAAGCGGCCUUCGAGGAGGCGUUUGAGGAGGCACCAGCGACCGCGGACGAUGGCGCGGGCGCGGGCGAUGCUGGCGAUGCCGGCGAGGCCGCGGGCGCAGGGCCAGGCUUGGACGAGGACGACUACGACGACACGGACGCGCCCGCACGCGGCGAGCCCGCCACCAAGCCCGACGACGACUCCACACUGCAGGUGUUCCGCCUUCUCAAGGACGGCGGGCAGGGGGCCGUGGGGGGCCGCGGGCAACCCGCAGCAGCGGCCGGGCCAAGCCAGGCGGAGGAGGCGGCAGCGGCGGCAGCACCGACGUCUGCGGCGCCUGACCGGGCAGCAGCCUACAAGAAGGAGGUGUUUGACUCCCUGACGGAGCAGCAGAAGAGCCGCUUCGAGGCGUUCAUGCGCUCGUCCAUACCCAAACCCAAGAUGAAGAAGUUGAUGACGGCCAUCCUGCGCAACGCCGUGCCCAACGAGCGAGCCAUCAUCGCCAUGUGCGGCAUCAGCAAGCUGUUCCUGGGCGAGCUGGUGGAGAUGGCGCGUGUGUGCGCCUCCCAGGAGGGACACACCGGGCCGCUGCUGCCGCGCCACGUGCACCGAGCCUACCAGCAGCUAGGCGGCCUGGGUAAGCUGCCACACACACGCCGCGGCGGGCCGCCCAGCGGCAGGCGCAUGUUCCGGUGAACGGGGUACUGUCUGCGGGAGGCGGGGUUGGAGCGUUUUGGGUGCUUGCGGCAGGGGAGCGGCGCGAUGUGUUGGUGGCGGGGCAUACUCGCCUGCAUGGGGUUGAGCGUCUUGGAGCAUUGGGGCUGCGUUGGGAGCACUGCCAGCUGCCGUGAAGGAUGGCGGCAAGGAGAAUGGGAAGCAACAGCCGAUUGUGAGUGGCGUUGGCAGUUGGUGCCGGGCUGCUGGUAUCAGCAGGUGUGGAUUCCAGUACCGGUAGCUUGUCGACGGCUGGAAAAGGGGCUGAGACUCUGCUAUCAGCCCCGGCCGUUUUACAGCAGAUAAAAUGGCGAAGAAACUAGGGAACGAGGACCCUUACGCGGCCGGACUGAUCUGUGGUUGUAUACGCGGGAUAGAGCUGGGGCGCGCCGGGCGUGCCGCGCGGGAUUGGCUUUGGCGCCGCAGUCUCAACACUCUGUAGUCUCAAUUAGCGGUGUCUGCAUCUUUUUCUUGAGCUCUUGGGUAACUACACGAUCACCCAUGUC